AUGGCGCAACAACUGCAGCCGGCAUGGCCUCAACAGAGACCUGCAUACAACGAUACGAUUCUCACCAUCACGCACAGCAGUUGUGCGGAUCCGUACGUACUCUGGGACAAGGGUACAUAUUAUAUGACCUUUACCUGCGGCGGCCACAUCGAGAUCUGGUCUGCAGACUCCCUCUUCGAUUUCGAAAAGAAAUGUAAAAAGAACGUAAUUUGGCGUCCUCCACCAGACCAACCCUACUCCGCCGAUCUAUGGGCGCCCGAACUACACUCAAUCCACGGUCGGUGGUAUGUAUACUUUGCGGCUGACGACCCCAAACAUGGCAACAAAUCGCACCGCAUGUAUGUCCUUGCUGGACCAUCGGCAGAGGAGGACCCUCUCGAACCAAGCAAAUGGAACUUUUUCGGCCGUCUAGGUGGCCUCCCUGAAGAGCAAUGGGCAAUCGACGGCACAGUUGUUACGCUCGGUGGUUCUAUGCUCUUUGUCUACUCUGGCUGGCCCCUCGGUACGCACGCCGAUGAAUCUCGCCAGGAAAUUUUCAUCAUCGAGAUGGUGUCGCCAACAGAAUGUACCGGUCAUCCCAUUCGCAUCAGCACACCAGAUCUGCAAUUCGAGUUUUCUGGUAGCAGCGGCAUCAACGAGGGUCCGCAGUUUCUCUGCUCUCCUGAUGGCCGUUGGAUGGGCCUUGUGUAUAGUUGCGCGGGAAGCUGGACACACGAGUACAAGAUGAAUAUCUUGUACUACACUGGCGGUCACCCUCUCGAUCCACAUUCUUGGGCGAAGUCCAAUAAACCUCUUCUCAAAGCCGCUCGCGAUGAUUCUCCGCCUUAUGGACCAGGCCACGGAAAUUUCGUCCUAGUUAACGGCCCCGGUGGUCCAGAAGUCUGGGGCGUCUUUCACGCUACUGAUGCGAAAACGGGAUGGGAAGGUCGUAAAGCGCGCGUCAUGCGCGUCGGGUGGGGCCAAGGAGGUCCAUUCAUGGGUUCUGGCGAAUGUGGAAGAUGUUGUGGUGAAAUCGAGCAUUUCAUCCAAGGUUGUCCUGGAGGCGCUUGUGGAGGCCAAGGUCAUUGUGGCGGUGCCGGGGGUGCGGGUGGAGGGUUCAUGGAGCCAGGACAUCAGGGCGGCAACUCAACGGAUGAUAUCAAGAGGGAGGUAAAGAACCUGAUCAAAGGUGGAAAGGGUCUUGUGAGUAAGUUCCUCAAGUGA